GUUGCCAAAUCAUCCAAAGCAAGUGCCGAAAGAUAACGAUGUUUGUCAAAAGUAUAAUUGCAGGCAUCUUAUUUGGUUUUCUGGCAUACAUUUUUUUCUUCUAUUACAACAUCAAGCAAACAUCUGUAGAAGAUGACCUUGAACAAAAUAUAAUUUUAUCAUGGAAAAACAAAGUUAAAUUCCCGGCCACUCGGUUUAGAAAGCUUGCAGUGGGAAUCAACUCGAAUGUUGACUACAUUGUACCAGGAUUGGAUUUGCUCAAGAAACUUGGGCUGACGCCGGGGGAUAUGAAAGACCACAAGAUCCUGUUAUCCUUGAACGAGUUGCAAGAAACAUUUUUUCAUUUCUUCGCGAAAGGUUCUGCAGCUGAGCGUGUUUAUGAUAACCCAGAUGUUUUUGGACAGAUACGACAAACAGCAGAAUCCUUGGACACAAUUGAACAAUAUAUUGGUGGCAAUGCUGCUCUCAUAGCAGCACAGACUGCGGCCUUGUUUCCAAAUGUUAAGAUACUAUUUGUCGGACCUGUUGGUCCACAACUCCGAAGUUUGAUGCCCGACGCGAUUGAGAUCCCCGAGUCGAGUCGCAUAGCCAGUGACGAAGUUCACCUCAUCAUGGAGUACCAGGUGGGGGACUCGUGGGGGGGUGUUGUCACCACUGUAGCCAACCGUUUCAUCUCGAGCUACGACGAGUCCAAUUCACAGCUCACCAUGCUGGACACUUUCUUUGAAGGGGUGAACACGUUUCAGCCCGAUCUCAUCGUCAUAUCGGGGUUACACCUUCUUGAUGGACAGGCAGCCGAAUUCAGCGGUGCAAAGGUCAGGACCUUAGUGGCUCACCUCCAAGCUGUUCCGCAUCUGGAUCCGAUCCAUUUGGAAUUUGCCAGCAUGACGAAUCAGGCUUUUGUUAAGCAGCUUGUACAUGAGGUAUUACCGAAUAUCGACUCUUUGGGUUUGAAUGAACAGGAACUGUUUGUGUCAUCAGCUGCCUGCGGUGGUCCCCACUCCUCUGACCUUGGAGCCGAAGGUCAGCCCGUGAUUCAUAAAGUCACAGACAUUAUACUCUGGUUAUUAAAAACCUUUGGUCAGUCCGAAACCCAUCCUCAGUCCAGACUGACCAGAAUACAUUUCCACUCACUCACGUAUCACAUUAUUGGCACCAAAGGUUUAGUUUGGAACAAUAUACAAUCUGCCGUUGCGGCUGGUGCAUCCAGGGCAAGCCAUCAAGCGUGCGACGUCGAAGAAUUAAAUUCAGAUAUUGUGGAUAUUAAGAUACCUUUACGGUACAAGUUGUUCACGGGCGAUGAAGAAAGAGAUUUUAACAGCAGUGAACCUGUGACAUAUUUUACAAGAGAGGGCUAUCAUUUUGCAUUCAGUCCGGUUUUAGUGUGCAAAAAGCCACUGAAGACUGUAGGUCUUGGUGAUGCUAUUUCUGCAACUGGGUUAAUGUAUUCGGAGUUCAUGGUUAAAAAUACCCAUCUGUAUGGUGAUGAUUUUUUUUAAGUUUUGGUUUAUUUUUUUUGAUCAGUGAUAUAUUAUUAUCAUAGUGUACAUGUAAUUUUUAUUGACCAUUUCAUGAAAAUAUUUUCAGUUCUUUUAUUUUUUUGGAUUAAUUGGUAUAUCUGCCAACUGCUUCAUUAGGCAUGUCAUGAAAUUUUGUUUGUAUUCUGUUAUUUUUAUUUGUAUUAAUAUAUUUAAGUUUAAUAUAAAUAUAAGAUUUUCAGUAAUUUAUGCUCAAAUAUCACAUAAUUUAACCAGUUGUGGUUUCAUUUCGGGUUUUUUUAAACAGUUUUUUUUUUUCUGUCUCAGUUCUUCUUGUUAUCCAAACAGUUGGUCUAUUAUACAAAGUGAUUGGUCAGUUACACAAAACGCUUGUUAACAUUUAUAAAUAUUGCUUUACCACAUAAUUUCUUACUACUUACACAUUAUACGAUAUGUUGUUAUACACGAAUGCUGGUCAACUCGCCCCAAAACCAACUUGCCCCCUACCAACUCGCCCCAAACUUUACUGUCGGUAUAUAAUUGUGACAAAAUUGAAAAUGGAUGUCUACAGCUUUGGUGUCAUUUUAUUUAUUAAUGUUACAGUGAAACUCUGCUAUUACGACCAUUUAUUAAAUGGUUUUAUAUUGGGGAGAUCUUAAUAUUCGAUAUUACAAUGAACUGUCGAGCCUAUUUUAACCAUGUUUGUGAGUUUGUCCCUUAUUUCCUUAAAGGAAUGAUUAGGCAAGGCUUUUGGACUCUGACUGGUGUGCAUAUUCAACAAUAUUUAAUGCACAUUAUUGAUCAAAAUAUUGGUAUAUUAAUUAAUAUAAUGGUAAUGAUAUGAGUUGACUAAACAGUGUGGGGCGAGUUGACCAACAACAAUGGGGGUGAGUUGGUUUUGGGGCAAGUUGACCUGCUCCUGUUAUACCAUUAUACUUACAUUUCAACUCCAGCAUGUCUUGUUGUUUUAUAUAACCAGUUUGUAUAGUGAAUCCUUUGAUUUUCUUUGAUAUGAAACUUGUUGUAACCCUAUCAGUAUAAACUACUAACAUGAAUACUUACUGGGCAUAAUAGAAAGAUAUUAUUGCUUAGCUAUAGAAACAUCCAUGUAUGUCACAUAUUGUAUACAAAGAUCAGUUUUUAGAAAGUAAAAUUAAUAACAAAAUGUAUUGAAAUGUGUGUGGGUACACACAUGCACACACACAUACACAUAAACACACACACACACAUACACAAGAGCACACACACACACACACACACACAAGCACAUACACAUUCACAUACAAACACACACACAUAAACACUCAUACGCACGCACACAAAACAAAAGAUUUGAUGGUGGUUUCCCGGAUUACAAUGUAUUAACAUCAGUCUAGAUAAAAUACGUAAAAGGACAGUCUAUUAUUACAUCUCGCACAGAUGCAAUACAUUUGAACACUGAUUUAAUAAUCAUCGGCUACUGGAUGUAAUGCAUUCGUUAAUUUUGACAUAAUAUAAUUAGAGUCUUAGAGAGGAAACCCACUACAUUUUUCCAUUAAUAGUAAGGGAUCUUUUAUAUGUA